AUGGCUUUCGCAGCAGCGGCACUAUUCUUUCCAACUCCAUCAAUCGUCCGAUCACCGGUUAGCUUCCUUCACCGUCCCUCCAAACUUUGCCGACUUCUCCUUCCUCUGACUAAUGGCGCAGCGAGUACCAGAAUCGGUGGAAGCCGGAAAAUUAAGAGGCAAUUUGUAGUAAAUGCUUUGCCGGUGGAGGAAGACGGCGUUUCUCUGGGUACCAUGAAGCUUCCCGUAGACACUGAUUGGGCGAACAGUCUAUGCCAAGGAGCCAAUAUACCUCUUCCUGUUCCUCUCAAGGUGGAUAGAGUUAGUGGAGGAGCGAGGUUAGGAUUCAUAGUGAUGGAAGAUGAAGGAAAAACUGAUGUUCCGGUUUACAUAGACUGUUUGGUUUACCAGAGCACAGAGAGCGGUUCAGGUUCAGGACCGGUUUUUCGAGCGACGCGUAAUGGGCGGAAGAAAGAUAAGGCACCUCCGGGUGAAGAAAGAAUCAUGCGAAGCCUCUUAGGAGCCCUUAAAAGAGCUGUUGAACUUGCUCGAGUCACAUAA